AUUAAAUAUAAAAGUCCGGAAAGAAAAAGGAUAAUGGAAACAGAGAGCGCAAAUAAAUUUUCAUUUGCUCUUUGCAAGUCUGUCACAGACGUUUUGGCGGGAAAUGAUCCAAACAUCUUCUUAAAUUUGAAUUCUUGACAUUUCAAUUUUCAUAUUUAUCUCAGUAAGUAGAAGAAUUAGGGUUUGGUGCUCUAAUUGUUGAUUAAUGGAAGGUAGUGAAAGCGAAGCAGUAUUCGAAUCGCUGAAUCUAAAUCCUCGAAGUCUCGUCAACGAAAUCCUAAAUACAGUCGAGAUUUUGCUCGAUGACGCCUUCGAUUUCUUUCAUGAAAAAGCUUCAACCCUUUUGAACGCCGACGGUACUGAUAGAUCUCAACCUCUAAGCCAGGGUGUUGAUCACAUUCGAAGUAUAAUACAAUCAAAUGUGGGAAGAAGAUUGGGUAUGUGGCAGGAAUACUGUCUGCGCCGCUCUUUUGCAGUUCCUCAAGGUUUCUCUUUACCACAAAGUGAAUCACCAGAUGAAAGUUUGGCAUGCCAAGAUGUUCUCUGUGAUCCAGAUCUGGAUGCUCAAUUGGAUUCCCUAAGGGACAGGCUUAAUUUGAUAGGGAAGGAGUCUGCUGUGAUGUUUCAUGAGCUUCAAGCACUAGAAAGACAAUCUGCUUUAAAUGAAGGUUGUGUUGCUCUUGCCAAUGAAGCAUUACAAUUUUACAAGCAAAACUCUGGCCAUGACAUGCUUCAAGAGAUGGUGAAAACUGCAUCUGAAUUCCGUACAAAAAUAGAGAAGCUGAGAACCAGAAGGGUUGAAGCUGCAGACAGCAUUAGAACAAAGAGGGUUUAUGAACCAGAAAGAGAUGUGUCAACAUUAAGUCACGGCCUCAUCAAUGCAAAAUUGGAAGAUCUUCAAGAAUUUCUUGCUGAUUUAAAGAAAAUGUGAGCUUCAUAUUGCUGUACCCAAGACUUGUUUCAGAGUUAUGUGGUUCCCCAAUUUCAUAUAUCUAUUGGUAUGUAAUUCACCAUGCUAUCUGCUUUGGUUGGGUUUUUUGCAUUUAUUUAUAUUGGGUAGAGUGCUUCUCUUGCAAUAGGAACCUGAACCUGAGUCAUCUGUGAAUGUAGAUGACCAGCAAAAAUAUUUUAGCCAGAAAAUAUGCAUAUAAUAUGUCUUUAUGUUGGUUAAAAGUUAAUUAACUUUGAAUGGAGAAUAUAGAAUGAUAAUUUGGCC